AAUUUUUUUCAAACCAGAACCCAAUAACCUCUCAAAAAGUUUGAAUUCUUUCUUGUCCUGUUUUUAUUUUCUUGAAAAAAUUAUAUGGCUUCUUCAGGUGGAAAUAUGAAUACUUUUAUGAAUUCUUUUACUAGCAACUAUUCUUUUUCAUCUUUUAGUGACCUUCUUUCUGAUAAUGAUAAUAAUAAUAAUAAUAUGAGGAAUAAUAACAGUUCUAUGAACCAAGAAAAGAAUUCAUUGAAUUGGGGGUUCAGUGAUCAAAGAAUGCAUCAACAAAACAAAGAUGAAGUUCCAAAGUUUAAGUCAUUUCCACCUUGUUCUUUGCCAAUGAUUUCAUCUUCAUCACCAGCUUCUCCUUCUUCUUAUCUUGCUUUUCCUCCUUCUUUAAGUCCAUCUGUACUUUUGGACUCACCAGUUUUGUUUAACAAUUCCAAUCAGACUCUUCCAUCUCCAACUACAGGGAGUUUUGGUAAUUUGAAUUCAAAGGAGGAUGACUCAAGGAUUUCUGAUUUCUCUUUCCAAAGUAGGGCUGCUACUUCAUCAUCAAUGUUUCAGUCUUCUGCUCCAAGAAACUCAUUGGAAGACUUAAUGACAAGGCAACAACAUGCCAACCAGCAAAAUGAAUUCUCCACUGCAAAAACUACAGGGGUGAAAUCAGAAGUGGUUCCAAUUCAAAGCUUCUCCCAGGAGAAGAUGCAGAGUAAUCCAGCUCCAGUACAUUACACUCAACCAUCUCAAUAUGUUAGAGAACAGAAAGCAGAAGAUGGAUACAAUUGGAGGAAAUAUGGGCAGAAGCAAGUGAAAGGAAGCGAGAAUCCGAGAAGCUAUUACAAGUGCACAUUCCCUAACUGUCCUACAAAGAAGAAGGUUGAAAGGAAUUUGGAUGGACACAUUACUGAGAUAGUUUAUAAGGGGAACCAUAAUCAUCCAAAGCCUCAGUCCACUAGAAGAUCGUCUUCACAGUCGAUUCAAAACCUUGCUUACUCCAACUUGGAUAUAACAAAUCAGCCAAACGCGUUUCUUGAUAAUGCUCAAAGAGAUUCCUUUGCUGGGACAGACAAUUCUUCGGCUUCUUUUGGUGACGAGGACAUUGAUCAAGGGUCUCCUGUCAGCAAGUCAGGAGAAGAUGAUGGAAAUGAACCUGAGGCAAAGAGAUGGAAGGGUGACAAUGAAAACGAGGUCAUAUCAUCUGCAAGUAGAACAGUAAGAGAACCUAGAAUUGUAGUUCAAACCACAAGCGACAUUGAUAUUCUUGAUGAUGGUUAUAGAUGGAGAAAAUAUGGACAAAAAGUUGUAAAAGGCAAUCCAAAUCCAAGGAGCUACUACAAAUGCACAUUUACUGGCUGUCCAGUUAGGAAGCACGUGGAACGAGCUUCUCAUGAUCUGAGGGCGGUGAUCACAACUUAUGAAGGAAAACACAACCAUGAUGUUCCUGCAGCACGUGGUAGUGGAAGCUACGCUAUGAAUAAACCUCCAUCAGGCAACAGCAACAACAGCAUGCCUGUCGUUCCAAGGCCUUCGAUGUUGGCUAACAACUCUAACCAAGGAAUGAAUUUUAACGACACAUUUUUCAACACAAGGGUACAAACAACACAGAACCAACCACCCAUCACCCUGCAGAUGUUACAGAGCUCUGGAAGUUCAAGUUAUUCAGGAUUUGAUACCUCGUCGGGAUCUUACAUGAACCAAAUGCAGUCCAUGAGCAACAUCAAGCCGAUAACCAAAGAAGAACCUAAAGAUGAUUUCUUCAGCUCUUUCCUUAACUGAUAUUUCUCCAUAGCAGAUUGCAACAGAUACAGAUUUCCAUCUCAAUUCACUGUAUUCAAUGUAAUUUAUGAUAGUGUUUGCCUAUAAUACCUAGUUAGGAUUUAGGAUUCCAAAUAAGAGUUAGUCCAUUUUUUAAUUUAUUUUCUUAGCUAUAGAUUGGUUGGCAGCUGUAAUUCCCCAUUAAGAUAUUUGUAUAACAUAAAUCUGUCAAAGUAAGGUAGGACAGUGACAUCAUUGUAGAAAGUUGAAUUUUAUUUGUUUAUUUUUUAUGGAAAUUUGAAUAUUCAUUGUGUAGAAGUUAACAUUCA